GGAAACCGAAGAAGUCUCGGAACAAGGCUGCAGCAAAACACCAUCAUCUUAUCGCUGCUCUCAUGGGAUAUUACUCGUAUGCCGCAGUAAUAAUGCUGAUGGCUGGGAGACACGACACUUGCAGGGCCAUAUGAAAGCCAAAGAGGCUGGCUUGGCAAAGAGCUCGGGAACACGCUGGGCUCCAGCUUCCAGAGCAGCGCGCUGCGAAGGACAGCAAAGGAACCCAGUGGAAGUCACCACCUCCUUGGGACACCCCAGCCCGUGUCUGUCCUCCACGGGGGGCUCAAUCCUGAGGUCUAACCCACAGGGGGAGGGAAAGGCGGCUACCCCAAAGCGCACGGACACACCGGGAAGACACGCAACUGCUACGGAGCACCUAGCUGGGGCAGGGCUGGAAGAGACGCAAACUGCCCCCAAAGGCCCCGCUGCCCCGCGCCGCCGACAAGGCGCUGGUGGCCUUCGCUCCUCGGCUCCCCCAGCUGCGGCUCGGCGCCGGUCAGCUGCUGCGCGCUGCCCACUGGCAGCUUCGGGGCCAAGCCUUUUUGGCUGGGCAGGGCAGGGCUUGACGCUGCAGCGCAAGGUGGCUAAAGGGGCCGCCGGGAAGCCACUGCAGCCGACACAGCCACAAGCGCCACGCAGACGAGGGACGCUUAAGGCUCUUCCCCAAAAGGCCUCCUCCAGGAUUAAGGGCACGGGCCAGCCCUGGCGCGCAGCAGGCAGGACCCACGAGCAGCUCGGAGCGCUCGCGAGGGGAUCUUUGGCACAACAGGGGCGUUGGCGCCGGGCCCGCGAGACCCUCCUGCUGCGGGGAGCGCGCCGGCCUGCCAGGCGUUACGGACCCGAAGCAAACACAUGAGCACUUCCACCGCCGCCGCUUCACGGGCGUCUUGUCACACCGCCGCUUGCUUUGCAGGCGAGGAGAACCCAGAGCAGAGCGGCUCCCCACGCCGGGCCGGCAGUCACGAGGCGGGGCACUGCCCACGGUAAUGGUGACGAGGGCCCGGCUGGCGGGCGCCGGCGCCGGCGCGGGCAGACAACGCGCCCACGUGCCGGGGACAAGGGCCCCGCUGUGCGCGGCAGGAAUGCGCUGGGCGGCAGGCUGAAGGGCAGGGGUCAGGGCGAGGCUGCAGGGCCCCGGCGCCGCUCCUGGCCGCUGCGCGCGGCGAGCAGCCAG